GCUACACCCGGCGCCAGGAAUAAAUACGCGCCUCCUCCUCGGCCAGUGUUCGGAUUCUCUUUUUUCGAUGUUGGUCUGUUAAAAUCGGCUUUGUUUUGGCAUAGGGGUCUCUUUUCCCGUCCAUUGAAGCAUCGGGUUAUCGUUGUCAAUCACAAAUCACCAUCUCUAGACCACACAUUCGACAGACGCCCACCAUGUUUGGGGCUUCCAGGUAUUUUGGCCUGCGGGGCAACAGGCUGAACCUCGUCGUGGGUAUGGUUGCCGGUAUCGAUUUCUUUCUUUUUGGCUAUGACCAAGGUGUGAUGUCGGGGCUCUUGACUCUCCCGAGCUUUGUCAAGACCUUUCCAGAAAUCAACGUCGUCGCUCAUCCCAAAGACAAUCAUGUUACUACCAUUCAAGGCAUUACAGUCGCAAGUUAUAAUCUUGGCUGUUUCCUUGGUGCGGUCAUCACAAUCUUCAUUGGCGAUCUUCUUGGGCGAAGAAAGAUGAUCUUCCUAGGGUCUUCUAUCAUGGUUAUUGGCGCUAUCCUGCAGUGUACCGCCUUUUCUCUCCCGCAUUUGAUUGUUGGGCGACUUGUCACCGGUUUUGGGAAUGGUUUCAAUACUUCAACAGUGCCGACGUGGGCUUCGGAAACCUCAAAGAGUCAUAAACGAGGCAAGAUGGUUAUGAUCGAAGGAGCCAUGAUUACGGGUGGCAUCUGUUUAAGUUACUGGAUCGACUUUGCGUUUUCCUGGCUCGAACCAAACACCGUCUCGUGGCGUUUCCCCCUCGCCUUCCAGAUCGUCUUUGCUCUUUUUCUGCUUACAGUCAUUAUGGAGCUUCCAGAGUCACCUCGCUGGCUAAUCCUGAUGGGCAAGGAAGACGAGGCUCUUACGGUCAUCUCUUCGCUUGCUGAUCUCCCCGUCGAUGAUCAUCUCGUCCUCACCGAGUUUACCGAGAUCAAAGAUACCGUCCUCGAAAUGAAGGGCGUCCGCUGGAGAGAUCUGUUCACUAUGGGCCCCGAGAGGAAUUUCCAUCGCGUUGUCUUGGGUUACGUGAACCAGGUCUUCCAGCAAAUUUCCGGCAUCAACUUGAUUACUUAUUACGCCACGACCAUCUACCAGACGUACAUCGGCCUUGGAGACGUGACGUCUCGAAUUAUUGCCGCGUGCAACGGAACGGAAUACUUCAUGGCAUCGUGGGUUGCCGUCUAUACCAUUGAGAAGUUCGGUCGUCGCCCUCUCAUGCUCUUUGGCGCUGCAGGCAUGGCUGGGUCAAUGGCAAUCCUGGCUGGAAUGGAUUACAUGUCCCAAAACAAUAAAGGGGGCGACAAACCCGGAAUUGUUGCUGCAGUAUUCCUGUUCGUUUUCAACACGUUUUUUGCUAUUGGAUGGUUAGGAAUGACUUGGCUCUAUCCCGCUGAGAUCGUUCCACUGAGAGUUCGAGCACCGUCGAACGGUCUUUCAACCAGCGCCAACUGGAUCUUCAAUUUCAUGGUCGUCAUGGUUACCCCCGUAUCGUUCUCCUCUAUCGGAUACAAGACGUAUAUCAUAUUUGCCGUUAUCAACGCAUUCAUCUUCCCGGUAGUCUACUUCUUCUACCCCGAAACCGCCUAUCGCUCACUCGAAGAGAUCGACACCAUCUUCCGCAAGACCAAAGGCUGGUUUGACGUCGUCUCCGUCGCCAAGAACGAGCCGCAGCGCUACGGCAAGAACGGCGAGCUGCUGAUCGACUACGAGCAGACCGAAGACCACGUCGUGCGCUCCCACAGCGUGGUGUCGGGCGCCGGCGCCAAACCCUCCGCCACGGGCGUCGAGAAUAUACAUGCGGAACCGGGAAGCGGCGAGAGCUCGACUUAUGAGAAGAAGGAAACGGUUUAGGAAGGAGGGUAGGCCGUGAUAUGAGGGAGAGGCGAGUUUUUGUUUGUAUAUACCCGAGAAUGAGAGAUGUAGGCUUUGUAGCCGUGAGUUGAACACAACUUCCCUCUGAUGGUG